CGAGGGACACGUCCGCUGUCACUCAGGCGGGGGGGGCGGGUCCGCAAGGUGCGCAUGCGUAGUGGCGCUGCACUGGUCAUGUAUCAAUGGUGAGGCGGAGGGAAGAUGGAGGCGAUGUUGCGCGGCAGCCGGGCGGCGCUGGAGCUACAUGGGAGGGAUGCACCAGGAGUGCAUAUCGUCCUGGGAAACGAAGCUUGUGAUCUGGACUCCAUGGUUUCUGCCAUUGUGUUGGCCUACUUCCUUACCAAGACUUCAUUGGAGCAAAAGACUGCCUUUGUGCCCAUCUUGAAUAUCCCACGAUCUGAGUUUCCUUUGCGUGGCGAAUGCACUUUCCUGCUGCGGGAGAGCCAGCUUUCUGAAGACCUGCUGAUAUUUCGGGAUGAGAUUGAUCUGCAGAGCCUGCACAAGGAGGGACGGCUACAGUUGACAUUGGUUGACCACAAUGUCCUAUCCAGAGCUGAUGCAGACCUGGAGAGUGCCGUGAUGGAAGUCAUCGAUCACCGACCCCUGGAGCGGCCUUUUAGCCCUGGCUGUGUCGUAACCUGUGAGCCUGUGGGCUCCUGCUCCACUCUAGUAACCGAGCGGAUCGUCCAAAGAGCGCCCGACAUUCUUGAUAAGGAGCUUGCUUUCUUACUGCGCAGUACCAUAGUGUUGGACUGUAUCGACAUGGCUCCAGCAGCAGGGAAAGUUACACCAAAGGACUCUGAGUAUGUUGCUGUGUUAGACUCCAGAUUCCACGAUCUCCCGCCCAGCAACACUGUCUUCGAGGCACUGCAAGAAGCCAAGUUUGACGUUAGUGGGCUGACCACAGAGCAGAUGCUGAGGAAGGACCUGAAAGCUGUGUUUGGCGGAGAUGUUCGCUUGGCCAUCAGUGCGGUCUUCUUGACUCUUGAGGAAUUUCUGGCCCGUCCCCGUGUGAAAGAGGAAUUGGAAGAUUUCUGUCGGACAAGAGGUUAUGACGUUCUGGUUAUCAUGACCGUUUCCUUCAAUGAGAAGAAGGAACCUUCUCGUCAGCUAGCUGUCUACAGCCCCUGCAGCCAUUUCAAGGAAUUGGUGAGCUGUGCAUUGGAGAAAUCUGAGGCUCCUUCGCUGCAGCUGUUGCCAAUGUAUAGCCCGUCCUCAGAGAUUGCUGCCUACUCCCAGGGCAACCGGUUGGCUUCUCGCAAGAAGGUGCUGCCCAUCAUUGAGAUCUUGCUAAAGGCCCUGGAGACAAAAGGAGCAACAGCAAUGCAUGGGUGCCACGGAUGGAAGGAAACCAGCAACAUAGCCCAAAUGGUGCCAACAAGUUGCGCAGACAUCUGCCAGGACGAAGACUUGCAGCUGCCUCCUACUCCCAUGAACAGCCUGGUGGACGGUUGCCCGCUCGAUGGUGGCUUGCCCAAGCUGACACCAGAGGACAUCCUGGAGAAGAUUAAUCAAAUGCCUGGCAAGAGGUUGGCAGGCACACCUUGCUCUGACAGCCAUUAACCCUGGAUUUGUGUAGUCUGACUGAUUGUCGUUCUGUUCUUUUGACACAGUAGGUAGGAGAAGCCAUUUGAACCACUUGAUGUGGCUGACCCUUGCCAAUGCCUUUAGGCAUAAGUUGUUGUGAGUAGGACAAUGGAAAUGUGAGCUGUAAGCCCCAUCCCCGGCUGCUGCCAAACGGGCUUCCUGAAUCUAGGGCUGGGGCCAAUCAUUGCUCUUCCACAUAAUCCGACAACUCACACAUAUCUUAACAACGUAGAAACAGAAACAGCCCAUUUAACUUCAAGACCUGUUCUGCUAUGCAAUGCAAUUAGGGUGAUGUGUGCCCUGAAUUACUCUCUUUUCCCCCACCCACCCACCCUCCCUUCCCAUCCGACAGUAAAAGUUUAUCAAUCUCAGAUUUAAAAGCAAUAGCUGAGCAUCAAUUUCCAUCAGCAAGCGAAUUCCAAACUUCCAUCAUACAUUAUGUGCAAACAAGUUUCCUAUCAUUUCUUAAGGAUUUAGUUCCCAAUUUUACAAUUUGCUGCAUCCCAGGUACCCCAACCAACAAAAAUUGUUCUCUCUAUCCUGUCAGCUCCUCUUUGCUAGUACAGGUAUCAACGUGUCAAUAAAACUACUCAACCUUUUAAAUUCUAGGUAUACAACUAUCUCUUCUUGCAGUCUAGGUAUUCCAAAAACCUAGGUCUUUCCAAUGCCAACAUGUCUUUCGGUGAUAAGCCAUUCCUCUGUAAUGGAACAAGAAUCCAUACGUUGAUGGUUUUGGUUAAGAGACCUGUAUAUUAUUCAAAGGAAUGUGAGAUAAGGCAUGGGGUAAGUAAACUAUCUCCCAGUACCCCCCCUUCCCCCAACACCAAGUUGCCCAGACUUUGAAUGAAAAACCCAAGGGAGAAGUAGACCAGUUCUAAAUUUGGCAGUGACCACUCGCUGUCUGGGAGGCAGCAGCUCCUGAUAUCUUCUACAUAUCAGCAGGUACUGAGAUUUUAGGAAUUAGGAAAUCCAUUCUGCUUAAAUCCCAGAAGCUGGAAUUGUGUAGUCGGACUGGAUAUGUUCAGAACGCCAAGAAAGACAGCUUGGCUAUACUUGGAAUAUUGUGUGCAAUUCUGGUCGCCCCAUGCAGGAAGGCAUGUGCAGACUUUGAAGAGCCUUGGGACUGAUUACCAGAAGCAGCCAGCAGAAGGCAGGAUACUCCACUCCACCAGUAAAACUAUGUUGGAAUGUCCCUGUAGUGGGAGGGGUGGAGUUUGGCUCCAGACCAGCACCAAAGAUACAAAACAGGAAGAGCAGAACAGUAAUGAGCAGAAUUCAGGAAGCUGCUGCUUGUGUGUCGCAAAACAAACCUGCAUGUGAAGAAACUGGCUUGAAGAAAAACUUCCUCUUCCACCACUGGGUCAAAGGUGGGGAAAAUAACCAAGGCUGGAGCUUCAUUAGAACUCACUGCAGCAGAAAUUACUAACCGCAAUAAAAAGCACAGGUGUUCAAUGAUUUGGCUAUCAAAACCUGCCCAUGUUUUUUGCCUGUAAUGAUGGUUGUCCUGAAAUGCCAUCACAUUAAAGAUUUGAGAGGUCUCCCAUUCA